CAUCCGACCGUGCGACAGACAGUCGUAUUUGAAUCUUCGCCGAGCUCACAACUUCCGUACAUCGUCAAGCCCGUCGUCGUCCACGUUAUCCAGUCGAACGAUGGAUUCCAGUGAAAUUUGAUACAGUUUAAGAUUGCCCUUUUCCAAAUAACGAGGAAAGAAAAAGAACAAACACAUGUAACACUCUGCUGUUUAUUCCCCAUGCCAAGCGAGAGCGAUAGAUCGACGACACCUCCCCAUGACCCAAGAAAAGCGGAAGGGAACUGUUGGGUAGAAUGAUAUCAUCGUGCCGGAGAUUGUUUGGAUUGUUGCUGGCAAUAAACAUCCACCUGGUGCUAGUAACAGUGUCCGGUGGCAGUUUGGAGCCAAGCCAGCAGCAUGCUUUUCCGGUGCUGGUGGAGGACAAUGCGCUGGAUGAUUUCAGUGCGCAUGGUCACGAGCUGACGCAGUCGCAAAACUUUCAACGGCAAGAUGCUCUGGUGAAAGCGUGCGCCCAGAUGAGGGACCAUCUGGAGUACAAAUCGUUGGACGAGUUGAACACGUUUCAGAUGAGUCAUCUACUGGUGGACGAGAAGCACAAGUUUUUGUACUGUUAUGUGCCGAAGGUUGCCUGUACCAACUGGAAACGUAUCCUAAUGAUCAUGACCGGUCGAUGGAACGGUACAGACCCGCUGCAGAUUCCAGCCGACACCGCUCACUCCAACGGCAUGUUCAAAACGUUGAGUUCCCUCGGACCCGAAGAACAGCAAAAAGUGCUGACAGACUACAGUCGAUUCAUUUUGGUACGACACCCUUUCGAACGAUUGCUGUCUGCCUUCCGCAACAAGUUGGAGGGAAACUCCCGAAGUGCCAAGUAUUUUCAGUCACGUGUGGGUAAAACCAUCAUCAGAUCAUUCCGUCCAAACGCCUCUAACGAAUCGCUAGAGCUCGGUCAUGACGUUACCUUCCUGGAGUUCAUUCAGUACCUGUUGACGCCGGAGUUGAGUCGCAACUCGAACCUCUCGUUCAACGAGCACUGGGAACCGGCCGCCAAACUGUGCCAUCCGUGUCUGCUGCAGUACAACAUCAUAGGAAAGUACGAAACCCUGGUCGAUGAUUCGUCCCUGGCCCUGCAUCUGACCGGGAUGGGGGACAUCAACUUUCCCAUCGCCUACAAAACAUCCGGAACCAACGAACGGUUACGAAAGUAUUUCAGUGACAUUCCACUACCGAUUAUAAAAAGUCUGUACAAACUGUACGAAGACGAUUUCCGACUGUUUGACUAUGGACUGGAUGAUAUUCUAGGUUUUGAGCUAGGAUGAUACUCUGGCGAUGGAAGAAUAGCCCUCGCAAGCAAUAACGACAAUAAUGUUCGAGAACCGACAAAUCAAAUCUAGUGCUAGUGCUAACUACUUAGUAGAGACAAAGGUUUUUUUUGGUACCAGGUACCGGGUUUCAUUAGUUUCAGUAAACUAUAAGACUUACUCUAUCAGAUUUUACAAUCAGCUUUAAUAAGUAGAAAAAUAAUGACAAUAUUAGUUCGUAGAUUAGUGGAUGUUGAACAGUUAAAUAGUUAAGUAUAUGACAGCUAUUCUAAGUGGGACCGUUAGCUCAUUGCUACACGAUACCGGUGUAUGUAGCACCCCAAUUUCAUACUCAAAGUGUACAAUAAUUUAGUUGUAACAAUUGAAAAAUUUGACCGUACAUGAUUUUAGGAUGUGAUUUAUUCGUUGGUACGUACUUAUCAAAAUUGUUGAAGAUAACUCUGUGAUUACAAACUAACCUGAGCAAUAAAUGUGGUUUUAUAAUUGACAA